AUGUCUGGACGUGACCACCUGCCUCCCCAUCCGGAUCAAGAUCCGACGGAGACUAUGGCCUGGGUGGUCGCCAUCCAGCUCCAGCACGUGACGAAGACUCAAGCAUUGUUGCUAGCCAAGAUUGACAAGGUAGAACGGGACUUGACCGACCUGAAGCGGGAGCACCGCCGCAUGAGUGGUGGAGAGUCUGCAACAACCGAAAGCGCCAGUCGGCGUGUUUCUGGGACCGCAUCGAGCACCGAUACUAGAAGCAAGGCCAAGGCCACCGAGGUAGACGUCGACCCAACAACUGGUGCAGAGCCAUUUGCCUCUGGAUAUGCUGAGUUCGUUGUCAACCGCCUCAGGGCUAUCGACGAGAAACACCCUGCCAUCCCCAGCCUCAAGAGGCUCAAUUCGGACUUGGAGGUAGAACUGUAUCUCUUUCUGGGAAGGCUGCACAAGCAGGAGAAGCAGGAUUCUGCCGCGGACAAGAAGCGCACCAAGGCCUCAAGCAAGGCCGGCCCUUCUCAAAAGUCUCGCGAUGGAUUAACAUCUAACGAGACUACGCCACGUACCAAGAAGCGCGCAGCUGCACCAAUGCGUCCGACUCGUCCUGCCAAGCGCACACGCUUCAUAGUCGAAGGAUCCAACGAGGACGACGAUCAGGAGGACCAAUACAAAGAGGAAGAAUACAUGGUGGAGGAAGACGAGAAGGAUAAAGAACUCUAA